AUGGGUCCUGCCCGCAAUGAAGACCCGAUCAAUAUCCUGUCCCUUGAUGGGGGAGGAAUCAGGGGCGUUUCCGAGCUUGUCAUACUCCAUGAUAUCAUGCUAGCCAUCAAGGAGCGAGACAAGUUGGAGUAUCUACCCAAGCCAUGCGAUUAUUUCGAUCUCAUUGCCGGAACAAGUACUGGCGGUCUCGUAGCAAUCAUGUUGGGAAGGCUCAAAAUGACCACUACAGAAGCCCUCGACGAGUACGACAACUUUGCGAAGAAUAUAUUUUCAUUCAGAAACAGGAGAGUCGAUGUCAAGAUCAAAUUUGGCGACAAGGCGCUCCAACGGGCCGUGGAGAGCAUCGUAUCAAAGAGAGGCAGCGAUGACAUUAUGCUGGAUCCUCAUGGUUCCUCGGAGCGCUGCAAGACUUUUGUCUGCGCCAUGCCUACUCUCAACCAGGGUGAUCCGAUCCUCUUUCGCUCCUACGAUAUUGAGGGCUACCCGUUCCGGACAUGCAAAAUCUGGGAAGCCGCUCGAGCCACAAGCGCAGCCCCUCACUACUUCAAGCAGAUGAGCAUCAAGUCGGAUCUAGACACUGUCGAGUAUUUCAUUGACGCAGCGAUCGGCUGCAACAACCCGGCGGCUGUAGCCCUCAAGGAGGCCAGUGAGAUCUUCAACAAGUCGCGCCGCAUCGGUUGUAUUGUGAGCCUUGGAACUGGUACCAAGAGCAAGAAUUUGGAGCAGUCGUCGAUGUUGAUCAAGUAUGGAAUCCGACUUUUCAACUUGCUCAAGGAGUCAACCUGUGACACAGAGACAGUCCACAGGAGGUUCAAGUCAGACUUUACGGACUUCCCACACACUUACUUCCGCUUCAACGUACCCGGAGGUGCAGAGGAUAUCAGCCUGGGAGAAUGGAGGAAGAUUCCCAUGCUUAAGGCAAUGACAACACGAUAUCUCGAGGUCGCUGCGAAAGAGGAGGUGCUCAAGGCCGCAGAUGUUCUGCGAAAACACGACAGCGAGGGAAUUACCUUGGGUCAAGCAUGCGACUUCGACAAGGGACAACUCAUCCUAUCGGACAGGGUUGCGUGCCCAAGGGGCGUCUCCAGUCGGCUUUUCACUGGACGCCGAGAAGUGCUAGAGAGACUUGGAGAAGUCUUCCACAGCCGGCCUGCUGGAUCAGGCCCACGUCGAGAGUUCUUGAUGUAUGGAAUGGGCGGUGUUGGCAAGACGCAGAUCGCCCUCAAGUUUGGUGAGACCCAUGCAGACAACUUCAAACACAUGUUCUGGGUCGAUGCAACAGACUCUAUCACUCUGGACCAAAGUUUUGCAUCUAUCGGUUUGGAGGUCAUGGGACCUCAGGCGGGGUCAGGAGGUCGAGGAACGACGAAACAAGUCCUCAAUUGGCUCAGCAAGUCAAAAGAUGAAUGGUUCAUCGUCUUUGACAGCUGCGACGACCUGUCAGUCCUUGACGACUAUGUCCCGAACGCCGACCGGGGCAAUAUUCUCUACACGAGUAGGGACAAUAGUCUCCGGCAACGCCUACCCAGAGGCGCAGAGAUGGAGAUCAGCGAGCUUAAGGAGGACGAAGCCAUCACGUUGUUCCUAAAAGCCGCAAGGCAGCCGCCCGAAGCCAGGGAGAACAGGAAACUGGCAAAGCCUAUUGUGACGGAGCUCGGCUGCUUACCACUCGCAAUCGACCAGGCCGGCUCGUACUGCUUCAUGACCAAUACGGCAUUGGACAAGUACGAGGUCAUGUUCAGGGAACAGAAACGCGAGAUUCUGCGAGAAACCCGUUUUGAGGGUGCAAAUUCCCGAAACAGCACGGUGUAUGCAUCUUUCGAUGUUUCUUACAAUGCCAUCAGGGCCCUGGCACGGGGCCAGAAGCACUCGUUGCUGGGGCGGGAUGCAUCCAGUGCAAUCCGCAUAUUGAACUUGAUCUGCUUUUACCACUAUCAAGGAAUCAUGGGCGAGAUCUUUCAACGGGCCGCCGUGGCGAGACACCGGAGGAACAGGGGGCGACGAACCUGGGCGAUACCGUUAGGAUCGGGAGAGGUGAGCAUCGAGCCCCUUGUACAGGUCAAGGACAAUGGGAAAUGGGACAACAGCCGGUGGAAAGCGGGAAUGCAGCUCCUUGAACGGUUGUCUUUGGUGAAGAAAGACGAUAUGGGCAAUUUCACUAUGCACGUCCUGGCCCAUGGUUGGGCCAGAGAUCGCAUGGACAAAACCGACGCCCGUCAACAGGCUCUAGACGCACGCACCCUUCUCUAUGACUCUUUGCCAAGCAGCAAAUAUCCCGACGAUCUCAUCUACAACCGAAAAGUGAUGCCUCACCUCAUGGCUUGUCAAGAGAUCGAAGAGAGAAACCCACGCGAUGACAUCGAGAGCUUUUUCAACUACAAGGCAGCAACACCGCUAAUACAGGCGGGUCAAUUCAACGAGGCAGAGGUGGUGUUGAAGAGAGCUCUGGCGUUGAAUGCAGACGAGAUGGACGGCGACGGCUAUCCCAGCAACUCUGUUCAGACCAUGGAGUUCCUGGCCGAGUUGUACGAGGAACAGGCACGUUUCGGAGAAGCAGAACCACUGCGCCUUCAGGUACUGGAGAGGACACAGGCGCAGUACAGUGACCUUGCAGAGAGCACCAUAGAGGCCAAAAAGGCGCUAGCAGAGCUGUAUCAACUUCUCGACCCAGACAAAGCCGAGGCGUACUAUGAACAGGUGGUCGACGCACUGGAGCAGAAGUACGCACAUAACCUGGGCCAUAUAGAUGUGGUGCGGGCUAGAAAACGGCUCGCCUACUGGAAAGCCAGCGAAGCAGGGGAGGAGAUCCCUCUGCAGGAGUGGGAGGAACUUUACCAUAUGGCCGUCGAAGAAUAUGGCGCCUACAGCCGAUUAGCGAUGGGGUACAAAGGCAAUAUCGCGAGAAGCCUCAUGAACGACGGUAGGUUUGCCGAAGCCGAAGAUCUGCUCGUGGAGCUGUACAAGUACAACCGCAAUUCCUACGGGCAGGACCACCCCGAAACCGCCCAAUCGAUGUGCGAUAGCGCCGAGAUACUGGUAUAUCAAGGAUUGUACGUGUUAGCUGAAUGGUUUGCCGGUGUGGCAUUCAUCAUAUUCAAGCGGGUUCUCGGUGAGACGCAUCCCAAGGCGGUGAGAGCACUCAGUCUCUCAGGAAUGGCGAUAGCCGGUGCGGGCCACUACGAGGAGGCUGCGCGCAGGUUACGACAGUGCCUCGAGCUGGCGCGAAACAGUGCCUGUCCACUCGAGAAGAAGAUCAAGGAAUACGAGGAACACCUCCAACAAGCGGAGGAACAGGAGCAGGAAACGGCGGUGAUGCAGUCUCAAUUCCGGUGGAACGUCUUGCUCACCAGGAAGAAAAGGGGGGCCCAAUUUGACGAUAUUCUCGAAACAUUCAGAGAAAGAUGGGGGUUCAGUUCUGUUGAAGAGAACGAUUUUCUCGGCAGACUUCCGAUGGAUCACGACAUGGAAGCACUUUUUGACGGCAGCCUCCCGAUGGAUCACGACACGGAAGUAAUUCUUGACGGCAGUGCGAAUGAGCUUCCACGUGAAGUACUUGACGCAUAG